CGGGGGGUGCCGGGAUCGGGGCGGCGGUCGCGGAUCGCGGUCGGCUCCGAUCGAUCCCGAUUGAUCCCGAUUGAUCCCCAUCGAUCCCGAUUAAUCCCCAUCGAUCCCGAUUGAUCCCCAUCGAUCCCCGGCCCUCCCCGCCGCGAUGUUCUUCACCUGCGGCCCCAACGAGGCCAUGGUGGUGUCGGGUUUCUGCCGCAGCCCCCCGGUGAUGGUGGCCGGGGGCCGGGUGUUGGUGAUCCCGUGCCUGCAGAAGAUCCAGCGGAUCUCCCUGAACACGCUGACGCUGCCCGUGCGCAGUGAGAAGGUUUACACCCGCCACGGGGUGCCCAUCUCCGUCACCGGCAUCGCACAGGUGAAGAUCCAGGGGCAGAACAAGGAGAUGCUCGCAGCUGCCUGCCAGAUGGGACCCCCCUGUGCCCCUUCGCAACCCCGAUAA